CUAUUUUAUCACUAUCACUACCAGAAACUAGUUUGCUCUUGCAGACUCUUCAGUGAUGGCACCUUCUUUUUCUUCUUUCUUCCUCUUAUUUUUCCUCUUCCUCAACUCUCUAGCAUUUUCAGUCCAAUCUGACGGUCCCAAGACUUUCAUAGUCCACGUGUCCAAAUCUCACAAGCCCCAUGUCUUCACUACUCACCAUCAUUGGUACUCUUCCAUACUCCAAUCAGUCUCUUCUUUCUCACAACACUCCCCAAAAAUCUUAUAUUCUUACGAUCGUGCUGCCCAUGGUUUCUCUGCCCGUCUUACCGCCAGGCAGGCUGACCAGCUCCAGCACGUUCCCGGUGUAGUCUCGGUCAUCCCUGACCGGAUACGCCAACUUCAUACAACUCACACACCUACCUUCUUAGGCCUAGCAGACUCAUAUGGAAUUUGGCCUAAUUCCGAUUAUGCUGAUGAUGUCAUUGUUGGCGUCCUCGAUACAGGUAUCUGGCCUGAAAGGCCGAGCUUUUUGGGCGAGGGGCUUUCUGCCGUCCCUUCCGGUUGGAAAGGGAAAUGCGAGACUGGACCGGACUUUCCUGCAACUUCGUGCAAUCGUAAAAUAAUCGGUGCUCGAUUGUUUUACAAAGGCUACGAAGCUGAUCGUGGUAGUCCAAUAGACGAAUCUAAAGAAUCCAAAUCUCCAAGGGAUACUGAAGGACAUGGAACACACACUGCUUCAACUGCAGCUGGAUCUGUUGUAGCUAAUGCUAGCUUUUACCAAUAUGCGAAAGGUGAAGCUAGAGGUAUGGCUAUAAAUGCCAGAAUAGCAGCUUAUAAGAUCUGUUGGAAAAAAGGGUGCUUUGAUUCUGAUAUACUAGCUGCAAUGGAUCAAGCCGUCGCGGAUGGAGUACACGUCAUUUCUCUUUCCGUUGGUGCGGACGGUUAUGCACCUGAGUAUGACACUGACUCCAUUGCUAUUGGUGCUUUUGGUGCUUCAGAACAUGGGGUUGUCGUGUCUUGCUCUGCUGGAAAUUCUGGUCCUGGUGCAUCCACAGCAGUCAACGUUGCUCCUUGGAUUCUCACUGUUGCUGCUUCGACUAUAGAUCGGGAGUUUCCUGCAGACGUUAUCUUAGGAGACGGUAGAAUAUUUGGUGGCGUAUCACUGUAUUCAGGAGAUCCCCUGGAUGAUGCACAACUACCUCUUGUUUAUUCCGGCGAUUGUGGAAGUCAACUUUGUUAUCCAGGAAAACUGGACCCUUCCAAAGUUGCUGGAAAAAUUGUAUUGUGUGAUCGAGGAGGAAAUGCUAGAGUAGAGAAAGGAAGUGCUGUUAAACAAGCUGGUGGUGUUGGUAUGGUCCUAGCAAACUUAGCUGACUCUGGAGAGGAACUCGUUGCAGAUUCACAUCUUAUCCCGGGGACGAUGGUUGGUCAAAAAGCCGGUGACAAAAUAAGGGAUUACGUCAAAUCUGAUCCAAAACCAACGGCCACGAUCACUUUCAGAGGAACUGUUAUCGGAAAAUCACCGUCUGCUCCACGUAUUGCUGCAUUUUCAGCCCGAGGACCCAAUUAUGUGACGCCGGAGAUCCUUAAACCGGAUGUUACUGCACCUGGAGUCAACAUUUUAGCUGGAUGGACCGGAUCCGUUGGUCCAACAGAUUUGGAAAUCGACAAACGAAGAGUGGAAUUUAACAUUAUAUCUGGGACAUCCAUGUCUUGUCCUCAUGUAAGUGGAUUAGCUGCAUUACUCAGAAAGGCCUACCCUAAAUGGACCACAGCAGCCAUUAAAUCAGCCCUCAUGACGACAGCUUACAAUGUUGACAACUCAGGCAAAACCUUAACGGAUCUUGCUACGGGCCAAGAAUCGAAUCCGUUCGUUCAUGGGUCGGGGCAUGUGGAUCCGAACAGAGCACUGGAUCCGGGUCUUGUUUAUGAUAUCAACAUGAAAGAUUAUGUUGAUUUUCUUUGCUCCAUUGGUUAUGAUCCAAUCAGGAUUUCACCAUUCGUGAAAGAUACUUCUUCGGUGAAUUGCAAUAAACAUAGUUUGGCUAGUCCUGGGGAUUUGAAUUAUCCAUCAUUCUCAGUUGUUUUCAUGAGUGAGAGUGUUGUAAAAUACAAGCGGGUGGUUAAAAAUGUUGGGAAUAAUGCAAAUGCGGUGUAUGCGGUGAAGGUAAAUGCACCAACAUCGGUGGAAGUGAAGGUGACUCCCAGUAAGCUCAGUUUCAGUGAGGAAAAGAACAGUUUGUCGUAUGAGAUUAGUUUCAGCAGUAAGAGCAGUGUUGGAUUGGAGAGAGUGAAGGGUCUUGAAUCGGCAUUCGGGUCGAUUGAGUGGUCUGAUGGAACUCACAGUGUGAGGAGUCCAAUUGCAGUGAGUUGGCUACACUCCUCUGCUGCCUUUUAGUUUGUUAGAUGAUCAUGACUAUGGAGAAGAUAAUGAUUAACUGCAGAUCUCCAAUGGCCAAGAUGCGGCUGAUGAAAAGUUCAAGAUGGAAAUAUCGAAGAACCCUCUGCCUGGUGAAAUAAAGUUAAGAAUUUCAGUGUAGUCCUUUUUUUUUCUUCUUGUUUUUGAUUGAAGCAUGAAGGUAAAGAACACGUGAUUCUGUCUCUAUUUGGGUCAAUAUUGUCAGUUUGAUUAAUUUGGAGUUCUGUCUUGACUGGUGUUUUAAAA